CGCUCCGCGCUCUUUUCUGCUUCCAUUAUUCCCUCCUUCCCGAGCUGCGUCUCUGUCCACCGGCGCUGCACCAUCUUUAUCGGUAACAUGGAAAUGCAAGGCUGUCGUUCUUCCAUCUAGACGGGAAGUCUCACCUCACAGAGUCAAGACGGGGGGCACAAUGAGCGAAGAGCCGCCGGUCACCCCCAGCUGGCUGACCCCUGAUCCUACAGCAUGGGCCAGCGGAGGCGGUGGACCGAUGGACAACAGCACCAGCCUGGGGACGCUUCCACCGGAGGACUCCCUGCGGCCCAGCCAGCUGCCACUGCUGGUCAACCCCUGGGACAUUGUGCUGUGCUCAUCUGGGACUCUGAUAGCUUGUGAGAAUGCUCUGGUGGUGCUGGUGAUUUGGCAGAACCCGGCGCUCAGAGCCCCCAUGUUCCUGCUGAUCGGCAGCCUGGCACUGGCUGACCUGCUGGCCGGCCUGGGCCUCGUGCUACACUUCACCUGUGCCUACUUGCUUCGCUCUGAUUCGGCCCAGUUGCUGACUGUGGGCUUGAUAGUGGCCUCAUUCUCCGCCUCUGUCUUCAGCUUGCUGGCCAUCACUAUUGACCGCUACCUGUCUCUGUAUUACGCCCUCACUUACAACUCGGAGCGAACGGCGGCCUUUACCUACACCAUGCUUGUGCUGCUGUGGGGGCUGUCCCUGUGUCUAGGCCUGCUGCCCGUCACAGGGGUCAACUGCCUAGCAGAGGAGGCAACAUGCAGCGUGGUGCGGCCACUGACAAAGAAUAACAUCGCCGUGUUGUCUGUCUCCUUCUUGCUGCUCUUCGGCCUCAUGCUGCAACUCUAUGUCCAGAUCUGCAAGAUCGUGAUGCGCCACGCUCACCAGAUCGCCCUGCAGCAUCACUUCCUGGCUGCCACACCCCACUACGUCACGACCCGGAAGGGCGUAUCCACCCUGGCCAUCAUCCUGGGUACCUUUGCUGCCUGCUGGAUGCCGUUCACUGUUUAUUCACUCAUCGCUGACUACACAUACCCUCCACUCUAUACUUAUGCCACGUUGGUACCUGCCACCUACAACUCGGUCAUCAACCCGGUCAUCUACGCGUUCAGGAACCAGGAGAUCCAGAAGGCGCUGUGGCUGGUGUGCUGCGGCUGUGUGCCCACCAGCGUGGCCCAUCGUGCACGGACUCCAAGCGAUGUCUGA